AUGCCCAAGCGCGCGCGCACCGUCAAGAUGCCUUGGUCCUUCACCCUCGGCUCGGAGGAUGAGGAGGACUUCGACGUCGGCGAUGACUUCCUGGAGCAAGGCACUGGUGCCCUGGGCGCUGGGGGCGAGGCAUCGGUGCUGACGACGGUGCUCUCCUCCUACAAGCCGGCACCGCCACGCCCCACCAAGCCGAUGAUGUUGGAGCUCAAGAAGAUGGCGGCCGGGGAGCUCGCCGGCGACGAGGGCUCGGUGCUCAAGCUCUUCGGCGACAACGCCCAGCUCUCCGCCGAGAACAUGCUCGACAAGCACGUGCCCAACAUGUGCCUCCUCAUUGCCGAGGUCAAGAAGCACGGCAUCGGCCUCCGCGAGUUCGUGCGCGACAGCACCCUCUUCUUCGACACGAUGCACUACGAGAGCUCGUGCUUCAGCGAGGCCAACUUCUCGAUGCGGCCGCUGCUCGCCGCGUGCGACGCCGGCGAGUCCGACAUCAUGCUCUUCCUCGCGCUGUGCCGCCUCUUCCGCAUCGGCAUCUCGCACGAGGCGCUCGCGGGCCCGCCCGGCCGCCAGGCCAACGACUCGUGCGCGGGCGCGUCGGCCGUGCUCGGCGCGUCCAAGCUCGCGCUCAUCAAGCUCGUGCCCUCGUUCGAGGGGGGGCUCGCCAAGCGCAGCCUCACCUUCGAGCAGACAUACCAGCUCUUCAACCUCCUCGACACGGGCGACACCUGCUGCCGCGUCAACAUCAACGACGACAUCAACGACGACGGCAAGAACUGCUCGUCCCACAUUCCGCAGAUGGCGGAGCUCAACCUUGAGCUGCUCCUCACGCUCCUCGGCAACGACGGCGUCCACGUGCAGACCAUCGUCGGCUUCGCCGCCUCGCCGCGCCUCGUCGCCGCGCGCCUCGCCGACGGCUCCGACGACUACUACACGCCCGAGGCCGACGACGGCGAGCUCGGCCCGUCGCACAUCAAGUACUGGCGCGGCACGCUCGAGGAGAUCCUGCCCGAGGCUGACGCGCUCAAGGUCGAGAUUUACAACCAGCUCUGCGCCCUCAAGCUGCUCGACCAGCCGUCGCUCGCGCCGCUGCCCUCGCACGAGGACGCGCGCGAGUGGGAGCCGAGCGAGGAGCAGUGCACGGCGGCGGCCGCCGCAGCGGCGCAGCGCCUCUGGCGGCGCAUCGCGGCGCAGGACGCGCGCGGCAAGGAGCUCGUGCGCCUGCUCCAGCUGCACGAGCGCUGGCGCGCCGAGUGCGAGUGCGUGCAGCAGCGCUUUGCGCCCGCGUACCAGGCGGAGGCGCUCGAGGGCGAGGACGGCACGGCGCUGCUGCUCGCACAGGACGGCUGCUACCCGCCGGACGACUGGCACCUCCGGUUCGAGCACGCGUGCGACUGGCUCGAGCUGCUCGAGGCGCGCCAUGCGACGCUCUCGGCCGAGUUUGCGCGCCUCCGUGACAUCGCACUCGCGCGGCCGCACCAGCUCAACGAGCUGCGCGCGACGCUCGUGCUGCGGCACGUCGACACGGGCGCGGAGGAGUGCGUCGAGAUGCGCGAGCGGCCGUCGCAGCAGGCCGGCGCGGGCGACUGGACGCAAGGCUGGUUCCAGCGCCACACACCGCAGGAGAUGCGCGUCCCGAUGUCGAUGAACGAGGUCUUCGUCGAAGGCGAGCUCGUGCCGCGCAAGUCCAAGACCAAGCCGGGCAAGAACCAGCACAAGGCGCGCGUUGUGUCCAUUGACGUGCUCUGA